AUGCGCCGAUUGUGGAACAUCGACGCUCUUGAAGGGAAAACCCAAGCGGAUGAAACCCCCGAGGAGAGAUUGGCGACUGCUAAGGCCUCAGAGUCACUGAAAUUUAUAAGAUCGGAGGGGAGAUACCAAGUCAGCAUCCCCUGGAAAGAGGAUCGACCUAAGUUGCCUGACAAUCGCUCAGCAACCGAGAAAAGGUUAAGGAGUCUUGAGGCUAGUUUGAGAAGACGGCCGAAUGUGGCAGUCCAAUACCAGGAUGUGUUUGAGGAUAACGUAAGAAAAGGAUAUAUCAAGGAGAUCUUGGAUGAGAAUAAGUAUACCCCAGGGUGGUAUCUUCCUCACUUUGGCGUAGUUAAGGAAGACCGCGAGACAACAAAGGUUAGAGUUGUUUACGAUGGAGAAGCGGUUUACGCUGGAACCAGCCUCAAUGACCAGAUGCUUCCGGGUCCCAAGCUACAGCAAGAAAUACUAGAUAUCCUGAUCACAUUUAGGCAAGGAGCCAUUGCGCUCAUGGGUGACAUCAAAGAGAUGUUCAGCCAGGUACUACUAGACCCUGUGGACUGCAGAUACCAUCGGAUCCUUUGGCAGGACAAGACCUUCGAGUCCACCAGACUACCAUUUGGGGAUCGGGCGUCACCGUUUUUAGCCCAAUUGGUAAUACGCACUCAUGCGGAGAAACACAGCUCGGAGUACCCAUUAGCUGCGGAAGCAUGUCGCAGAAGUCUGAACAUGGACGAUGCAUUGCCGUCCGUCGACCACGUACCAAUUGCCAAAGCUAUGAGGAGGGAGCUCACAGAAUUGCUUGGUAAAGCCGGUUUCGCAAUCCGAAAAUGGAUGAGUAACAACAUUGAGGUUUUGAAAGAUGUUCCAGAGGAGAGUCGGUCACCGGGAAUAGUAGACUUGGAGGAGUCAGAUCUCCCGUGUCAGAAGCCGUUAGGAGUGUUGUGGAACGCCGAGAAGGAUGUCAUCGGGUACAAACACAAGGCAGUGGAGGUGAUAAUCGUCACCAAAAGAACCGCACUUAGUCUGGUAGCUAGACUUUUCGACCCGCUGCAGCUUUUGGCGCCAUAUGUUAUCCGCGCCAAGAUGGUUUUACAAGAGGCCUGGGGCCUUAUUCAUGAAGCCUUCUUAGGGCCUAGUAAGCACUUACGUAUUACUAGGUCGUUAUUAGCGAAUUACGCGGUAUUCACGAAGCACCCGUAA